ACAAUAUACAACGAAAUGGACGACAACAUGAAAAAAGUAAUGUCUUCAGGUUUUUAUUGUGAACUAUCGCUCGUACAACAAAGUCGUUUUUAUCGAAGUACUAUAAAAAUCAUGGUUGGCAUCAUAAGGAAUAUCUACGACUUUUUAACAAGUCCUGCUAAAACAUAUGAGGGAUACAAAUAUUUGCCAUUCCAUGGAGCAUUAUGGCCGAUGAUAGCUAUCAAUGUUUCAUUUGCACUUUUCGCCUUUCGGAUAGGACCAUGGCUUAUGCGAGCGCGUGAGCCAUUCAAUUUAAAGCGCGUGAUUAUGAUUUACAAUAUUUUUCAAAUAAUUUUCAACGCAGCAAUGGUCUUUAUGAGCAGUUAUUUAAUCACCUGGUACUUGGAGCUGCCAAAGGGACUUGGCUGCAUGGAGCAAAUUAGCUAUGAUCAUCCGGUGAAAAGCUUCGAAAUAUUUUGUGGAUUUCUAUAUCUCAGCAACAAGGUUCUUGACUACCUGGAAACGAUAUUUUUCGUAUUACGCAAGAGUUACAAACAAGUUUCGAUUCUACAUGUCUAUCAUCACAUUAUGAUGACCUCUUGCAUAGUCCUACAUCUCCGGCACCAAGGUUCAGGCGGUCAUUGGAUAACAAUAGCUCUUCUGAACACCUUGGUUCACACAGUAAUGUACGUUUAUUAUUUAUUGAGUUCCAUUAAUCCAAAUAUGAAGAAGUCAUUGUGGUGGAAAAAGUAUAUCACACAAAUGCAGCUAAUACAAUUCAUACUUAUGUUUGUUCAUCAAUUGUGGCCAUUGUUGUUUGUGCCUGAUUGUAAAUUUCCGAGAAUUUGGCUUUAUAUUGCUAUGUUACAAGCCAUAACUAUGAUUUGUAUGUUUAGUAAUUUCUAUAUUAAGACUUACUUGCGAAAAUCAAAAGCCAAAAAAGUCGCAGAGAAAAAAUUGUAAUCCAUGCGUGAAAAAUGUAAUGCAAAAUCAAUAUUAGAUUUAGAGUUUUCCUUUGUUUAGGAAACUAUAAGA